GGUAGGGGUACUUGGUACACCAUCUCCAAAUAACGCGAAACGUCGUAGCGACGCGACAUAAAUUUUUGGAUUAAGUGUACAAAAAAACAGUUGUUCAGCCUUUUUGCAGUUGUAUCCAGUUGUUGUAUAGAUGACCCCAUAAGAAACAAGUACCCGGGCCUGCCUUUCAGAUUUGUAUGGGAUAGUGCAAACUUUCCCAGCAGCUCCUAUACUUGCUAUCUCUCUUUAUUGUUUCAUCACCUCCCCGCCCAAGGAAGGCGAAAUUGUUCUGAAAGAUUGUCGCAUCAUGAUUACGACUUUCAUUACUUCAACCAUAAACUACCCCUAACACCAAUUAUAGCAUCGAAAAUUAAUCAAAAACCAUGACGACCUCUUUCUCCUCCUCCAACGCAUCCGCCCUCUCGGCUCUGCUCGUCCCGGCGUCCGCGGCGGUGGGCUUCUUUCUAGGCGCAUACUACGCAAAGGCCGGCGGUAUCGGCUCGACGAAAACGAAUAAUUCCCCUACCAAUGAAGAAGAGGAGAAGCAAAAUGAAGGCAAGAGUGCGCCGUCGAAUUCCGGCGAAAGUACAAGCACAUCGGCUUCUACACCGGGCGGAACGUCAAGCACUUCUUCUUCCUCGAAUAAACUGAAAAAAACCGCCUCCUUCCAGCCGACGGCGGACAGGAAUGUCGCGCUCGCCGCUGACGAGCCCGAAUUAGUCCGGGGGAGAACCCUUUCGGACACGCCGUCCGUUCCCUCGAUCUCAGCCCUCUCCAGGAAACCCUCGUCCGUCGCAGCCAUGGACAUGUUGAACCGACUAGAUGAGCAAACCGCGACCGCUAUCCUAAGUAAAAACUACGGGGCCCACCACAACACCGCCCCAUAGUCAAGUUUAGACGCGAAGAAAUCUGCUACAACUACAAGUCCAGAACCUUCGUGCUGUUCAUUUCACACGUAGUGCAGUCGUGCUUGGCUGUGAAAGGAAAAGCCGCAAGACGCAACAAAUUGGCCACCUUCUUGUUAAUACUUUUUUUCGUUUGAUGACCAUGGCCGAUUCUAGUACAUGCAUUGACAUCUGUUUAUUCCAAAACACGAUAUAGAAAAUUCUCCUCAUUUCUUGGCUGCGCAUGAGAGACAACAUCCUGGGCUGCAACAUGUAGAUUUGCAUGGCAAAUAGGGCCGCUUAGGGACGUUUUUACUGAGGAUAGCCGCCAUCAACGCGUUCGAGAUGACGGAAGAGAAGAACCGGGAACACAGUUUUCUCCUCUACAGUCUGUACGGAAUCUACUUUUACCCGGGCUACCUCUACAACCGGUUCUCCGAGCGCAAGAACCACGUCGUGAAGCUGCAGUUGCUGGCUGAGCUGCUCGGAAGAAAAUACCUGGAGGCGCAAAAGUACAUUGUGGAGGUGCAGGACCGCGUAUCGCAUUGAAAUAAAGUGCACCCACGUCGAGGACCCUAGAACUUGAUAGCUCCUCUUCGAGAUAUUGCAACGGCUUCCCACAUCUACGGGAAUGUUUCCAAUAUGUUCUUGCGAAUGAGGUUGCCGGCCUCGGAUUAGCAAAACGAAAAGUUUAUUUCACUUGGAAGCUUUGCAUCAGGAUGAAAUUUUGCAGCUUCCGGACUUCGACGUUGGUGCAUUUUUCACUGUAACACGUUGAAACCCUUCUCGAAUCCUACCGGUCCCCCAACACGAGCAAGUGGCUGAAAUACGAGGCAAAGGACAUACUGGACACGCGGUUGCUGUACACGCUGAAGAAGCUGAAGCGAAAAAUGUACGGAACCGCGGCGGAGGGGGUCGAUCUGGUCAACAACAAUGGAGCGGGGGUAAAGCAGGAGCUGCAACCUGUUCCUCCUGUGUCUCCGAACAGCUCCCCGCUGCAGCGCACUGCGUCCACAGGGUCGGACUACAAUCAGACCAAGUACAAGCCUGAAAUCGUGGACGGUACGGUCAUUUCGGAAAUCGCGGACGAGGUGUACCGGUUUCCCACUAUGCAUUGCAAAUACGUUUGGGUCUGGAAGAGUGCAACUUGUGAUGCUGAAUUUAGAUGCUAAAAAAAACUGUAUUGCAUGAGCAGCAAGGGGAGUCAAAUUUGGCUACGCGGAGAAGGCAUUUGUCAUGCGGGAUGCGCAUCGAUAAGAGCUCAAAGAAUCUGUGAUGCUAAGGCAUACAUCACAGACAUCACGAAUCAUGAAAAAUGUGCAUGACAAACUUGUCCUCUUCCAGACCCAGACAUAUUUGCAUUUUAUACCCUCUUUGUCCAAGCAAAUCUGCGACGAGUUGCUCGUCGAGAUCGAGCUAUUAUCCUGUGCAAAAGUAUCGUACUCGUACCAAUUGCAUUUAUGCAUUACAAAUCUCUUUCUCAAGGCAAAUCAGCAUUAGAAAUUCGAUUUGUAAUGCUGGGCCAAUUUGUAAUGCAAUUUAUACUAAUACGAUGCCUUUGCAAUUCAUAGCUGUUUCUCGAGUGGCAGGAGAAGCAGAUCCAAAUGAAGAAGCCGGGCAGUCUACCAAAGUGAGAAAAGCCCCCACCCCAAAGCAAAAUGGAAAUUUGUGAUGCUGAUUUGUGGUCACAAAUCAGCUUUGUGAUGCUGGACGGGAAGAGAUGCGGAUUGUAGUGCUGGCUGGCGCAGAAACGCCUUGCGUCUUUAGCAUGACAGAAAGCAACUGGAAACGGGAAACAGCAUAAGAAACUGCCUCCAAACGAGGGAACAACUGCGUCUCUUGGCCUUCUAGCAAUACAAGUCCAUUUGUGUACUCAAAUACAGCAACACAGGUUCGGUUCGUUUCCGAUAUGGGGAGGGGGGAUUUUUCCUCACAAUACAGUCACUUGUUGAACACGAAACUCUGCGUCAUCGACCACAUCAACCACAUCGGGCCGCACCUGCUCAACGUGUUAAAGGACGCCGUGGUCGACCCGUUGAUGACGGUUUUGUACCCAGCCGUGUCGCAAAACACCACCUUCCAAGGGAAGCUGCUCGAGCCCGUGCCGAAGCUCGGCAGCACCGAGGCGAAGAAGUUUACCACGCACGAAGAACUGAUGCAGACCGUGCAGAAACCCACGGACUUUCGUUACGGAUUCAGCAUCGGGUACGCGAACAGAAAGCGGGAAACGAAGGACUCAAGAAAUAUGGAUGUGUCAGGUUUGAAAUCGACAAAGUUGAAAUAACUUGUAAUGCAUAAAAUCGAUACCAGUUGGAAGCCCAAUUUCUAAGCGGUGCAUGACAAAUUUCGGCACCGUCUAAAUCCAGUUUGUCAUGCUGUUUAGGGACAGAAGGCGUCUCUUGUCCUGCUGCUUUAGCAUCUCUGUCGCAGACCCCAAACAGGCUGACAGUCGGCCUGACUUGCCAUCCCUGCAAGAGAGGCACUCUUUGCCUUGCAUUUUAUGCAUGAGAAAUUAUUUCAACUUUGACGAUUUCAAUCCUGACGCAUCCAUAAGAAACAUCUCCAGGGUCGGCCUGGACUGCCACACCGAUGAUUCAGAGGUACAAUGUUGUGUUAUGCUUACUUGUUUGAUCAGCUCCUAUGCUGUCAGAAAGCGGCGUUGUUUGAUGUGUCAUCACGGUUGCUCAACCAUCGCCUAUCUUGUUGUUGAAUCGCGCUUCACCGUCAUCGAUACGUUGUGGUGUUUCCCAGCAUGAUGAUGGUGCGAUGCAGCUGUUGCAAGAAGAAGAAAUCACAAUGAAAAAUCAUGUAGUGGUCCAGCGGUCUGCCUUUGCGAUCAUGGACGUAUGAAUAUCGUGAUGUGACUCAUCUGCCCUUGCCUGUGCGCGCGCCUCGCCCUUUUUUCCAUCACAGGAGGAUUUCCGCUUGCCGAGGCUGCCCAGGCGUGCCCAGGCUGCCCAGCGUGCUGUUGUACUACUAGAGCACACGCACGCCGUAUUGUGAUUCUAACGACAGGUAAUGAUGUGAUAUCGCAGCAGGGUCGUUGCGUUCAGAUUAUUUAGUCCCCCGGGCAUGCGCCCUUUGUUUCCCUUCAUCAACCAUGAUUUCGCGAUGAAAUACCAGAGAAAUUUUCCGUUCCGUUCUUGUUGCGGCUUAGACCUCUUGAAUUUUUCGUCAACGCUGAAAGAAUUAAAAACGAUUGUGUGAGAUACACAAGAUGCAUAGAGGGAUCGAUCAUGCAGUAGAGCGAUGAAGGGUGCUUACUAGAGAUCAUGACAAAAACAAGUACGAGAGCAAUUUCUUUUAAUUCCUGUCCCAGGUCUCCCUGACCAUUCGACUGGGCAAAGAGUAUUCCGUAUCGCAAGGAAAAAUCCCCCCUCCCCAUAUUGAAGAGGUAGGUUUUCGAAAAUUUGUGUUGCUGAUUUGAGGUCACAAAUCACGUGUGUGUUGCAAGAAGACAAGGGCAGCAGCUUCCGUCCCAUUAUGGAGCCGGUUUGUCAUGCUGUUGAGCCAACAUCGCGGACGCUUUUCAUGCUAAGCGCCUAAGUCAAAGCCUCUCCAUUCAGGCUUGAUAUGGGUCUGCAGUCCUCUCCAGCAAGACAGAUGCGAUUCGUGUACUCAAAUACUGCAUCACAAAUUUCGUUUUCGAUAUGGGGAGGGGGGAUUUUUCUUUUUGAUAUUCCGGCGGCGCGGUCGGGCUCCGGUGGAAGGUGGGCGACGAUAUUGUGAGGAAAAAUCCCCCCUCCCCAUAUUGAAAAGGUACACUUUUGGAAAUUUGUGAUGCUUAUUUGUGGUCACAAAUCGUCUCUGUCUUGCAAGGAGGCAAACCCAGAAGACUUCCCGCAUUAUGCCAGCGGUUUGUGAUGCUGUUGGGACUACGGCAUAGACUUUUGUCAUGCUGACCGCCUAGGCUAAAACCUCUCCGCUCAGGCUUGCUAUGGGCCUGCAGUCCUCUACUGCAAGACAAAGCUGAUUCGUGUACGCAGAUCCAGCAUCAGAAAUUUCGCUUUGAUAUGAGGAGGGGGGAUUUUUCCUCGCAAUAGACGAGAACGAGGGCCAGCUCCAAACGAAAAUUGUGCAGAAGAACGGCGAGGGAACCCUGUUCUACGGCCAGCAAUUCCACGAGGUCGAUCCGGUGGAGACCGGCGAGCGGCAGAUGCUGGUGGUCUGGUUCCGCGGCGAGCACGGGUUUCGGACGAACACCUGCCCCUGCUGCCGCAUGAACCGGCGGUUCGACCCCAAUUGCAUCCUCUGCUACGACAACUCCCUAAAAGACACGGGGUCGCCCCUGCGCCUCAGCCGCGCCGGCUCGCAGGAACUCACGGAGGCGGAUCUACCGCCUGCCGGCAUGUUCACGGCAGUACCCUACGCGCAGUGAUGAAAAGCGGAGCCGGUCGACUCGUUCAUCUUGCGAGUCGUUCGAUAGUACUGCUCAUCUAUCAUGAGCGAAUUUUUUCAACACACAAAUAUUAAUUGCACAGCAAAGGGUCGUGUUUGUGUUUUAGUUUUUGCAUUUGUCGCAGCGAGCUAGUACUGAGCGCGGAUUGAAAAGUUUGCAACUUCCGCAGCAAGUAAGUAGUUACUUUCAGGAGCUCGUCGUCGUCCCGUGGAAAGGAAAAAUCAUUAUGGAAUGUACUAGCGUAGUUCGACACGGCUCAGGUGCUUGCAACUCUCAGUGAGGCCGACAAAGGCACGGAAAUAAAGUAGAACAAGCGACACAAAAGUAUUGCUCAAGUCAGUUGGCUUUAAAGAACACCGAUCAAUAGUUACAGUAAAAGGCAAUUUUUUUUGUUCCUCGGUGCCGAUGGCGCUAGAAGUCGUGCCUGCUCCUUGUAAGAUUGGGGCGCCGAGUCACGGCACAGCUUUGAGUACAC